AUGAGUGACAAGAAUAUUAAAUUUAGAGCAGGUAUUGCAGAAUAUAAUGAAGACACUAAACUAUGUACGCCACUUGCGGGUCAAGGUAUAGUGAAGAUUCAACCAAAUAGUGAAGGUGCUGAUAUGGGAUUUUGGGACUUUGAAUGGAAGCCCCUAGAUAAGACUUUAAAUGGUAAAUAUGAACCAAUAUCAUUGAUUUUAAUACCUGGUGAAACAGCUUGGAUCCCAAUUAAAUCCGCUAAUGGUGGUAGAGUCUUUGGCCUAAUCUUCUCUUCAAAUCAAAAAUAUUUCUUCUGGAUGCAAGAAAAGAAUAAGAAAGGUUUGGCUCCAGAUGAUUUAAGUCCUGCUGACCAAAAGAUAACGGAAAGAAUUCAAACUAUUUUGAAUGAAGUAGUACUUGAUGAAGAUGCUGAUGAGAUGGAAGUUUUAGAGGAGACAGAUGCCGCUGAAGAACAUGAACCUGAUACUGGUAUGAUGGAGCCAGAAGGUGAGAGUAAAGCUUGA